UUUGGAUCAGUGCCAGCACCUGAGACUGUAUAAAAGGCACUGAGAAGUGAUCGUGCCAUGUUGGUAAUCACUGAAAGGUGUAACCAUGUGGAUCCUGCUGUUGAGUCUGCUGGGCAGCUGUGUGGCACAAAGUGUUUACCAUGAAGACAACUAUGAAGGAUUUCUGAGAAAUGCUUCUUACCAAACUACGACUUCUCCUGAGCAGAGUCUCUAUGACUGGCUGUGGAAUGAGAGCCAGGACAUUGUGAAUGAAGUUCUCCAGACAGACUUCUUAAAUGAAAUGAACAACAACACCCUGCAGGCUGAGCGUUACGUUCAGAUGACCAUGCAGGACAUUUACUAUGUUGCCGCUGUGGUUGACGUCUUGGUCUACGCUGCUGCUAAUCCUGAAGUGUCACCGGAUAUCAAACAAUUCUUGGUCGGCAUGGUCAAAAGCUAUGAUGACUUUGCCAAGUAUCUGCUGACAACAAACAGCAUUCAUAACUCGGAGAACAUAUUGGCCAACACCGCAGUUAAGGUCUACGUGGAAAGCUACAAGCAGAUCUCAGAAAUGAGUAGAGAUAAGCUUUACUUGGUCGUGGGGCUCCUACCCUGUUCCCGACUGUGGCCCCAUAUCGCCGGGUGGCUUAACACAACGGAGGGCAGUCCGUACUACUCCUUCAAGACGAGCAACAUGAAAGAUAACUCCCGAAAGAAGUUUGAAUAUCUAAUGGAAAGCCAUCUGGAUGAAAUUGAUAAGAGCGAAGCCCUAAAUGUCUUCCGCGUGCAGCUGACUAACGAGCUGCUGUUCUUCUCCCAGCUCUGAGUCAGGGUAUUUCUGAAUGGCUGUUCCUCCCUGUUUUCUGAUUUUCAAAUAAAAUGCCUCUGACUACUU